CAUUAUUUUGUUUCAGAGAAAAAUGGUUCUAACAGAGGGGAACUCAUUCCUGGUUUCUUCUUUACUCUCUCUACUCACGUUUAGUGGGAUGCAGGUGUACAAGACCAUGUUUGCCUCUACCCAACUGAUGACUGUGCUGGGUGGGUUCACCGGCUCCUUGCUCUUCGUCUUCCUUCUCACCGGGAUAGGAAACCUGGAGAAGAGUAUGUUUGGAUCAAGUUUCCAGACCCAGCUGUCCGAGGUGGUUUUCUGUCUCCUGGUAGCCAUGAUGGCAUCAGCCACCAUUCAUAGGGUUUGUGCUACCACCUGUUUUCUGUUCUCUAUCCUGAUGGUUCUAGGUCUCACCAAACUCUCAAACCAAACCUAUUCUUCAGUCUCAACCAACACUGCUACUGUACAACGGAAGAAGAAGAACUGAAGAAAACUAUUAUUUUUAUUUUGUGUUAAAUGCAUUUAUUUACUUAUAAUGUUAUUUCACCUUUUUACAAGAUUUGUUGCUACCAUGUUAACUUUGUGUUCUGUAUGUGUUCGGUGUGUUAUUUGAAAUACAUUUUACAACCAUGUUAA